UACAGAUGCUGAACAGGACGAGCAGUGGUGCGUGUGCCAUACAUGAUUACGCUUAAAUCUGCACUUCUGUUCAAUGAUGCGUUCGCGCGCUUGAUCUCUCCCUGGAUAUUCGCGCCUGCGGGAAACGGGCGGCUGGAUGCUCCAGGAAAAAAAACAAAACCCGCUGGAGCCUGUGAGGAGAAGAUGAGGUGUGCUGUCAUGGAUUUCUGAGAAGGCUUCGAGGAGCGGACAUGGACGAAAAUAAAUUGCUCUAAGCUACAAAGCAUCGAGCAGGCCCCAAAGCGUCCGGUGCGCCUCUCCGGUGCGUCUUUCUUACGUUUGGAUUUAAAACGUCCCCCUCUUUCUUCGCGUCCCAGACCCUCCACACAGCCUUCAAGACGGACGGAGUGGUGGAGCACCGAGGCAAAAACCGGGCCAACAUGCGGGAGAGGGACUUCAUGCCCAACAUGGAGCGGGGCAAGCCGGCCACGUACACGGGGGACAAGAAAGCCAAGAUGGCCGCGAAGACUAACAAAAAGUGGGUCCGGCUGGCCACCGUGUUCGCCUACGUGCUCUCCGUGUCCCUGGCGGCGAUCAUCCUGGCCAUUUAUUACAGCCUAAUAUGGAAACCAACAAGCCAUGGAUCCGGAAUGUUAGACGGGUCCACGGGAAACAACAACGCAUUCAUGAACGUCUCGACCAGCGUUAACAGCACGAGCGCCAAUUUCACGCAAGCGGACAACGGCACGAGCGCAAAUGGUACGCAAAUAGACCUGGGCUUUAAUGCGACCGGCGCCGGAAACGAGAGCGCGGCCGCAGAGAUUGCGGGAACAGCGCGCUCCUACUCAGCCGCCAUUGCAUACACGCCUGCCAGCGAUCAGAUGAAAUCAAACGCGUUUGGACUGUACGGAUAUGGUCAAAACUCGGGCAGCGGUACGAGUCCAAGUGACGCAAAACGCGAAAAGCGCGAGACGCUACCGGAGAAUUCUGCGCGCUCUCGAACCGAGCCCAAUGAACCGGAAAACAGAGGGCAAGAAUGACCUAAACUGGUUAAAGCUUACACUUACAAACCGCACGCUUCCGUAUAAGUGGUGUGCAAAAAGCAGUGCAGUUUCAGCAUACUAUUUAGUGCGGUAAUGUGCGGUUUAGGACGUAGCCUAACUCAGUUUGGUGCAUAGCGGCGCGCGCGCGCGGCUGCAGCUGACAGCUGAAGGAUUCAUGGAAAGAUGGGAAGUAUUCUGCGCUUGGUGCAUGGACGCCAACUUGAUUAUGCUAACACACAGCAAAGACUUGGUUAUAUUUUUAAAACCUUUCCGUGUAACAUAAACCGUCCAAAGUGUAAUCUUUCAUUUUAGGGCACAUGGCACCUGUUUGAUGGACACUAAAUUCAAGACUGAUUGGCAUAACAUCCAGCUUCCCAACUCACCUUUCUGUGCUUGCAUAGUUUCCAAAUGGUUUAGCCUGCCAGACGCAUUUAUUUGAACUGCAGCACGAAAAUAAUUAACAGCAUCCCCAUUUCUUUAGAAUACUGAUACUUUUUUUUGGACCAGCUAUUAAAAUAUUGUAAGAGGAAAAUAUUUUACAUUGCAUUACACUGGAACAGUGUCCAUAUAGCCUCCCAAUUAACCAGGAUUCCUAAAUCAGAGGAACCUGUGUCGAGUUCCGCUCAGGUAUGUGCAAAUAUUAAUGUAAAUGUAUUGUGUAUUUGGUACAUACAUAUAUAUAAAUGUACAUAGGUCACAUGUAGGCUAUUUGGUAAAUGUAUAUAGUGCACACGCUCAGGCCUUGAUCAAACUUUCGGCUACUUUUUACAAAAAUCAUGUAUACUAGACACACACAUAUAUAUAUAUAUACACCAUCCCAAAGGCAAAUAAAGGCCCUUAUAAAAACAUGCAUGGCUUCCAUAUUUUUGUAGAAAUAUUUUGUAAAAAUGACUAUUUUUUCUUGUAUUUUUGUAGAAAUAUUGUGUAAAAACAACUAGCUAUUGAUGGUCCAUAAUAAUGAUCUUAUUCUGAUGCUUACAGUCCAGGGUUCUUUGAAUAGUUAAGGGUUUUAAAAAGGUUCUACUUGAAGCUCUUCAUUUAGGACAACAUUCUGUUAUAGGGUUCAUAGAACCUACUUAAAAAACUGAAGAACCACUGGCUGUGAAUUUAACCUAGAGUUUAUUAUAUUGGCUAAAGUGUUUACAUUUUGUCCGCUAGUUGGGGUUAUGUGUAACCAAAAGUGUUUAACUUCAUCUUGAACUUCAUACUACCGUAUUAAAUAGUACAUCGGAAUAGUACUCCACCAUAGGUUACUAUAGUUACCAUAGAUUUUGAUAUACUAUUUAGUAUGCUAGUAGCGUAUCAGAAGCUCUGGAUUAUUGAAACACUUGAUGGAGGGAAGCAGGGUAGUAAGCAGACAAGCAAAGGCAAAAACACUUCUGUUAUGUAACUUACAAUGUUAUAAAAUCACAGUUUCUGGACGCCUACACUUAAGGUAACAAACUUUGAACCUAAAUGAUUUCCCUUAAAUCACAAUAAAAUGAAAGGGAUGCAGGUCUACUCAACAAGAAAAAUACAGGAUAUUUGUUUUAAAGCAUUCUCUGUAAAUAAUGACAGGUGCAAUAAUUGUUUAAUCAACACAAAACAGAUAUGAUUUAUACAGUACAUUAGUGUGUGUGUGUGUGUGUGUGUGUGUGAGAGAGAGAGAGAGAGAGAGAGAGAGAGAGUGCGGUAAUGGACCAUAGUGUUUAUGGGCCUCUAUCAGGAGACAACACUGAGAGCUCGUUCAUCUUCUGAGUCAUUUCUAGCCAUCUAGGAUGUGAUCAAAAUAAUCACAAUUUCACACACACACACACACACACACACACACACACACACACACACACACACACUGCUUAAUGCAAGCCUGCAUUGUAUAUAGUAGCUACACUGACAGCUGUUCUUGUAAACAAGGUGUCCCAGUAGGCUUCUUUGAUUCAGCCUGCCUUUUAGCAAAGAAAAAAGUGAUUAAGUGGUAGCAUAGGAGCAAAUCAAUGGUAAGCACUGAGGGGCAUCAGCUGUAUCAAAUCCAUUGUCUAAUUUCCUUGUGGCUUGAUCUCUUUAGCUUGAAUGUGUUGUGUUUUAAGCUAUUAAAACGAUGGCGAAGGACUGAUACUGCUGUUACAAUACAAUGAUACAAUGCGAUCAAACCUCUUAAUGAGAUUAAACCCAGGUUGUUUCCAGUGUAUUGGCCCUGAUGUCUUCAUUUUCGACAGAAAAGGCAGAUGGAUGUACAGAAGUCCCAGAGGACAUUGUCGUCACUAAUGAAGAAAUGCAGUCUGACAGCGUCUUUCGCUCUCAUUACCCCUCCACUCCCAUCAAGCCUAAUGAUCUGCGAUUGUCUCAGCUAGGCCUGUAUUGUAAAUGGAGUUCAGAGAAGAAUUGCAUCUAUAAGUGUUAGAAGCAUUAGCAACUGUAUAAACCACAGCUCAUAAAGUAAAAGCAUCUUCUGAAAGGGAAAUACGAAUGUGGUUUAUGGAGUUACAUAAUGGCUAGGGUUUAGAGAGGCACCAGAGCUCCAUUACUGAUCCGAAUGAGACAUAGAGAGGACUGGGACGAGUGGUGAUGGCUCAAUCACAGAGAGACACACACAUACAUGCAUACACACAACCUUGUGUUCUCACACCUGCUGAUCUCAACUAACACCACAAACGACAGCUUGAGACAUCCCCUCGAGCACUGGAGUAGGCCUGAGCUCGGUGUGUUUAUGUGCAUGCUUGAGUUUAUGAUAUGAGCAUAGGACCCAGGUGCAGUUGAUAUAAUGCAAUGUGCGUCAAGAGACUUCGGAGCCAUUUUACAAUAAACAGCAAGCUGCGCCUCCACGACACAUUUAAAGUGCAGGGAGCAAUGUUGAAGAAAUGACCCAGCAAAUUUUUAAGCUUCAUUACUCACAUAAUCAGAUUUGUGAAGUGAUUUUUUUUUUUUUUUCUGGAGCUACUGGAGGAAUGAAGCUGUAAGUGUAAGAUUUGUGUUACAGAGAGCUGAGACUAAGGAACAAUACUGUAACCUGUUUUCUCCUUUUUAUAUGCCUGAAAAGUGAGGUUUCAAGGCAUAACAUACAUUAUAGAGCAUAAAAUGAUCAAACCAAUGAUUGAUAAUAAGGAAUGCAAUUUUGUGACGGCUACAUAAUCUGGAUCUUAAAUACUGUAUGUGAUGCAGAAAAAGAGUGCUGACCUCAAAAAGCAGUUUUUGUUCUUUGGCACCACGAUGAAGGCAGUUAUACUGUAUGAAAGGGACAAUAACCUGAUCCUAGAUCAGCACUUUGAAAUAUGCUAGAUAAAUCUGACUCCACAUGACACCUCUUGUACUUCUCUAGUCCUUCAUGCAAAAGAAUCAUAACCAUAUAAGUGUAUAAAAGCAGCUACCCAGAGAUGAUUAUUAAAGAACAAACAGAAAAAAAAGAGUGACAAGUAAAUGUGCUGCUGAAAAGGUGUACUGUAUGUAGCAAAGAGAGCAGGAGAGACAUAAUGCAUUGCUAAACUCUCAGUAUGGUGCCACGCGGGGAAGCUCAUGUUUACUUCACCUAAGACUAGGGAGCAGGAAAUUGUAGCGGCUUAGUAUUGAUCACAGGAAAGUGUCAAUCGAGGCACAGCUUUUAUUCCAGAAGCUGUCACUCCAUUAAACUCUGCCAUACAGACUGAUGGUGCACCCUGAGGUUUGCCCAUGUGGUGAAUUUGAGUAAUGUUAAAGCUAUGUGAUCAUUUAAAUGCUAUCUUUAAUUGCUAUUAUUAAAUACAAAAAUGUAUACUGCAGCACUGUUGAAUUAUCGAUUGGUCAGAAGGUGCUGAUUAAAUUUCUAGAACAGCUUGUUGUAAGGUUUAUGAUAAUGUUCUUGUUUUAUUACCUCAUCAUUUCUACAGUAACGACUUGCACAGAGACUUGUAUAGUGAAUGCUUACAUAAUCGUCAUUAAGGACACGUUUUUUAGUAUUUUUGGAAUGAGUCUGCAGUGUCAGUGCUUUGUAACAGUCAGAUGCAAAGCUGUAAUUUAGUUUUCAGACAUGGGGAAAGUCUUUGUGUUUUCUAGGUAACAUCACAAGCUGCAUUUAUUUUCUUACUAACUUAAAAAGAGAGAAAAGCAUAGAUAUUGAUGAGGGAACAACUAUUAAUAGCUGCUUUAAGUGUAACUAAGCAAUAACAGGAACUAACUUUUCUCACGGGCAUUACAUGUAAAACAUUAAAUGUAACUAAUAACAGGCAUGACGUUUUAUUCCUUAAUUAAUAAAAAUCGCAAUCACUGGAAAAUUGCUGUGGUAUAAGAGCAUUAAUAUUCACAUGCACAUGCUGGUAUUGGAAAAUAAUCUGCUACAGGGUGAUAACGGCUACAUCACACCACCUCAUCAUUGAUUAUUUACCAUUAACAGGAUGUCCCAAAUCGCUUUAUUCCUUACACACACACACACACACACACAGAAUGUACUGUACAGUAUAUGCCUGUAUAAUGCAUCCCUCUGAAACAAACAUCUGA